AUGGAGAUGCUUAUGCAUAGAGCAAAUGUCCAAGAAGAUGAGGAGACUACCAUGGUGCGGUUUGUAGAUGGUUUGAACGUUUUGAUAGCCAAUGUUCUUGAUCUUCAAACCUACAUUGAUUUUGAAGAUACGGUACGCAAGGCAAUUGAGAUUGAGCGACAGUUUCAACAACGUCAAUCUCGUCCAUUUAGUACUUCACAAUAUUAUAGAGGUACGAGUUCUAAUUCUACUUUCAAGAAUUCAAAAUUUCUUUCUGCUACUAAUAAGUUACUACCAAAACAUGAUGAGACUAAAUCUUUUGAGGGGAAAAGUGGGGCUCCUACAAAACCUUCUUCUUCAUCUUCUAAGCAGCUCACUUCUACUACUUUACCAAAACAACAACGAGCUCCUGAAAUUGAAUGUUUUAAGUGCAAAGGGCGUGGGCACUAUAGCCGUGAUUGUGCCAACACAAGACUUUUGUUGAUCAAAGAAGAUGGUGAUUAUACUUCUGAUUCCGAUAAAAUAGAUCCAAAUAUGCCCAAAUUAAUUGAUGAUGUCAACGAUGGCUGUAAAUUUUAUGGUGAAGAAGAGUUGGUGGAACCACUAACUCAUCCCCGUUGUUUAGUUGUGAGGCGCAUGCUUAACAUCCAAUUGAAGGAUGAUCAUGAUCUUCAACGGAGUACUAUAUUCCAUUCGAGGUGUUUGAUUAAAGGUACACUUUGCUCAUCUAUCAUUGAUAGUGGAAGUUGUGCUAACGUUGUGAGCAACUACCUUGUGGAUUCUCUUGCUUUUCCAUGUAGCAAACACCCUACACCAUACCAUUUUCAAUGGCUUAACGAAGGUUCGGAGGUCCGUGUGGUAAAACAGUGCUUGAUCACUUUUAAACUUGGGACUUACAUUGAUGAUGUUUGGUGUGAUGUUGUUCCCAUGCAUGCCGCCCACUUGUUACUUGGUAGACCAUGGCAGUACGAUCGUGAUGUUAUUCAUCAUGAUAUUCACAAUGAUCAAAUCGACAUGAUGAAGUUUUGUAAGGAGGUUAUGGGAAGUAAGACACAAAAUUCAAAAAAGGCUGAGAGAAAAGAGGUCUCUAGUGAAAAAAGCCAAAUUAAUGAUGACCCAAUGGAAUAUGAAGAUAUUUUUGAAGAAGCACCUAAAAGAUUACCACCUUUGAGGGCUUAUCGAAGCAAUCCCGAGGAGAAGAAGGAGUUACAAAAGCAAGUAGAUGAACUUUUGGCACAAGGUCACAUUCGUGAAAGUUUUAAGUCCUUGUGCAGUGCCGAUAAAAUGGUGCCAAAGAAAGAUGGUUUUAUAGUAAGUGCUCAAGGUAUUCAUGUCGAUGAGGACAAAGUAAAGGCAAUCAGAGAGUGGCCCACUCUUAAAUCAAUUACUGAGGUGAGAUCUUUCCAUGGUUUAGUAAGUUUUUAUAGACGUUUUGUGAAGGAUUUCUCCACUAUUGCUGCUCCAUUAACUGAGAUUAUUAAAAAAUCUGUGGGUUUUAAGUGGGGAGAAGUUCAGGAAAAGGCUUGUCAAACUUUAAAGGAUAAGUUAUGUUCUGCUCCGGUUCUUAAAUUACCUAAUUUUUCUAAUACUUUUGAACUUGAAUGUAAUGCUUCAGGUAUUGGAAUUGGUGCUAUGUUGAUGCAAGAAAAAAGGCCAAUCGCAUAUUUUAGUGAAAAACUGACAAGGGCGCAAUUAAACUACUCAACUUACGAUAAGGAGUUGUUAGCAUUAGUUCGAGCUCUACAAGUUUGGCAACAUUACUUACUGGCAAAUAAGUUCGUUAUCCAUACAAAUCAUGAAUCUUUAAAAUGGUUAAAGGGACAAGGUUAUGUGUUCCACAAUGUUCUAUGA